UCCUCCUGGCGGUCUGGACCUCACCAAUAUGGCCGCCAUGCCUUGUAAUAGUCGUCACAUCCGGCCCGUGCUCAAAGGAAACGCCGAUAUGAAGCCCUCGCUUCCGGUGGAGCCUCCUUUUCGGCAGCGGCUAUUUCCUCGCCAACAUGCCACUCGCAAAAGACUUGUUGCAUCCAACUCCUGAGGAGGAAAAGAGGAGGCACAAGAAGAAGCGCCUUGUUCAGAGUCCCAACUCUUACUUUAUGGAUGUGAAAUGUCCAGGAUGCUACAAGAUCACGACGGUGUUCAGCCACGCUCAGACGGUUGUGCUGUGUGUGGGCUGCUCAACAGUCCUGUGUCAGCCCACUGGAGGCAAAGCACGUCUCACAGAGGGGUGCUCAUUCAGGAGGAAGCAGCACUAGCUGUUCUCCCCUGGAGCUGAAGGGGAGAGGAGGGGAUGGACCGGUUGAUAUCAGCGUCCUGGCCCAGCGGUCUGAUCGGAAAAUAAUCAAGACUGAAGACGAACUGAACGGCAGAAGAAUUUCCACUGUUCAUGUUGACAGAUCGGUUGUUGCUGUAACUCCACCCUCCAACCCUGUCUCUCUUUAAUAAAAAAUUGUUUUGGCUAAAAGAA